AUCAACAAGAAUGAAUUCUUUUUAUACAAACAGCUGUUAUUAAAAAUGUGUACAUAUUUGUUUAAUAUCAAGAGUCAUUUUCAUCAUCACUGUUUUGCAAUCAGCAGUUUAAAGGAAAACUGGCUACAUGUAUAUAAAGAGGAACAGAGAAAGUGACUGAGAUAGAAGACUGGCUCUAAUCUACUGUAUAUCUUACAGCUGCCUGAACUCCACUGAAAGAAGUAAAGUAGCAGCAGUUUUCCUGACAACAGAACCAUCAUGUCCGUGAUAAGUGCAUUACCUUUCCUGAAGCCUAUUCAUCUGAGAUCACCUGGAAGUUCCCCUGGACGUCAGCGACGACACACACUUCCUGCCAGUGAGUUCCGCUGCCUUACCCCAGAGGAUGCAAUCAGUGUCUUUGAGAUUGAACGGGAAGCAUUUAUCUCUGUUUCUGGAGAAUGCCCCCUGUAUCUCGAUGAAGUUCGACAGUUUCUGACCUUGUGUCCUGAGCUGUCUCUCGGUUGGUUCGAAGAAGGAAGAUUGGUAGCUUUUAUCAUUGGAUCUCUCUGGGAUCAGGAAAAACUCUCCCAGGAAGCCCUGAUUGAGCAUAAGCCACAUGGGAGCACAGUUCAUAUGCAUGUUCUGGCAGUUCAUCGCACAUUCCGUCAGCAAGGGAAAGGCUCCAUUUUAAUGUGGCGGUACCUGCAGUAUCUUCGCUGUCUCCCCUACGUUCGUCGUGCAGUGCUCAUGUGUGAGGAAUUUCUUGUUCCCUUCUAUGAAAAAUCUGGUUUCAAACCUGUUGGACCAUCUGAUAUCAUUGUAGGGUCUAUGAACUUUAUUGAGAUGCACUACCCCAUUCAUGGACAUGCUUUCAUGCGCAGAAACAGUGGAUGCUAAAUGGAGCUGAUGUGUCCAGCUGAAAUGCACUCAGGCAUUGUACAGAUAAGCCCUUCACUGUAUUGUUGGAUAGCUGCCUAGAUUAAGUGUUUGGAGCCCCAUUAGUCAGUGUCUAAUACUGAGAAGUCAUCGCGUAAGACAGUACUGUGACUCUUCCUAAUGUAACUGGUACAGGUUUUGCACUGGCAGUGUUAUUGAUCCUUUACUAGUCAUACCAAACCUCUGUUGCUACUCACACACAGCCCGUUGGGCAGGUACUGACAGCAGUGUGGAGAAUCCUUUGACUGACAGCUGUACUUAAUCUGAUACUGAGGAGUAUCAGCCAUUCACAAGUGCCAUUGUCUACACAGCCAAAUGUUGCAAUAAAUAUACAACAGUCCAAAAGUUGUAUGAAACAUCUUCUUGGGAAUUCCAAACAUAACUUUCUCAGACCACUCUAAAAUGUAUUUGCACUUCUUCUAGUAUUUGUUCACAGUAACAUUAGAAAAUGUAUUUAUUUAAUAUUGUCUGUGGUAAUAUUCAUAUAGUCAUGUUUCUGACUGAAAUGAUAAAAAAUCCACUACAUGCAAUACUUUUACCGACAAUAUGGCAUAAUACAAAGAAUGCUGAAAAUCAUCUGCUACCACAAAUAUUGCACUUUGUGAAACUGGGGAUGCUAGACUGUCCGGAAUGUGAAGAACUGAAGAAAGAUGGAACUUGUUGUGUAUGAACACUGUUUUUCUCUGUAUAAGCCUGUUGAAACAGUGUGCCAGUUUGUCUGACUAAAGUAUGUUUGUCUUAAUGCUGCUGUUUUUUUUUUUUUUUUGUAGCAUCUUGGACAAUACAUUAUCACCACAAAUUCAGAGUUCUAAGAAUCGUAUGCUAAUUAAUUUCCCCACUUGCUAUAUCAUUUGGUUUAUGUUGACCAGAUGUAGUGAAUUAGAUGCUUGAAAUUUACAACUUACUUUUUAAGAGGAAGAAGGCCUUUGCAUUCUUGCUUAUGUUGGCACCAUUACUGCAUAGUACCAUUACCUGUACCAAAAUCAUGUGCCAAAAUUCAGUAUGUUCUGUCCAGGCACUGUGUUAUUAGUGUACAGACAUCUGGGUACAUCAACAAAAUUCAUGAUGAGCAGUUUGAGUUAAAGUAUAACUUUACUUUCUAACCAUUUCUCGAAAGAUCAUGUUAUCUUUAUGUAGAAGGGGUUUCUGCGUACCCACUGCUGCAAUGUCUGGACACAGGUUUCACAAAACAAUUAAGGGAUUCUGUACAACUGUAUUCCUUCUUGGAGGUGGGCAGACGUUGUUUAAUUUAUGUUCAAAAAUGUAAGAGAGUAAACAUAAUGUAGUAUAUGUCUUUAAAAAUGUUCUGUAGACCCAAUAUGCAUGUAAGGUAAUUCUGUGCGUAUGUUUUUAAAUACCAGGAUGCGGGCUUCUGCUUUGGUUACAUGAAAAAUUCUCAUUCCAAAUGACUAAACAGUAUAAGCAGGCAGCUCACUCAUACAAUCAUAUUCAUCAAAUGCACAUAUGUGAACAUGUAUAUUUUAGGGUUUAUUAUGGCUCCUAUUUUAUACAUGGUCAUGGGAUAAUGUAGUGGGACACAGAAUACAUAGUGAACUUUAAUUCUUCUUUCAUUCUCCUAGAACAAAUGGCACAUACAGUGAACUUUAAUUCAUCUCUCAUGUUCUCACAAGUGGCACACAUACUUCCACAACCCCUUUUCCCAUUUUUUUCAAAUGGAGCUGGGGUAUCACUUCAACAGUGACAAUCACCUAGAGCCAAAGUAGUAAACCUUAAUUCUUUUCUCAUGCUCCCACAAAAAGUGGCACACAUAGUGAACUAAAGUUCACUUACUUUAGUUCACAAGUGACAUAAAUAGUGAACUUUAAUUAAUCUUUCAUGUUCUCACAACAAAUGGCAGACACCGUCAACUUUAAUUUAUCUUUCAUGCUCCCAUAACAAAUGGUACACACAGUGAAAAAUUAAUUAAUAUCUUGUGCUUCCACAAGUGAACUUUUUUCUUAUGAUUUACUUGGUUGGCUAACAUUCCAUUGAAUUACUAAAGCUCAGUUGUGGACAGCUCUGAACUGUAAGAAGCUAGUGCAGUUCCUUUCUUAUACUAAUAGAAAAUGUUCAAAGACUAGGUGUUCUAGAAAACAGAUCUUUUACAAAUCCCUAUGUCAUAAGUACUUUGUAUUUAUUGAACAUAUAAUCAAGCUAAUCAUAUCUAAACAUGUCACUUAAGUACAUUUACAAGGUAGUGAGUGUAAACCAUUAAACAUAACAUUCUGCCAAUGAUUAUCAAUGGCAUUAUCUAUUCAAGAAGGAAAAAAAUAACCAAUAUAAGACAGGGUCUAAAGUUCUAUUUCAGCCAUGGAUCUGGUACCCCUUUACUGCUGCACAAAAUCCAUCUCAGUAAAUACGUUCUGGCAUUCUGUUCUCCUACAGUAAAAAGAAUUGAAUAGGAGAAACUGAUGCUUGAGAUAAAAUAAGUCCUAUGAUUCUUGAAUAACAAAGUACCUCCAAAGCCAUCAUACACUGUAUUAAUUUUAGGUUUUAUUUAGAUUUCUUGCACUAUGAGGUUGAGAGGAAUGCUGCUCAAACAGAGGACAAAAUGCAUGUAUUUCUGAAGCAAGGAGCACCUGCUUCUGACUAUAAGUGAUAGGACAAACACGCAAAGAACACAUUAAGAAGGCAACAAUCAAAAAUGUAAUUUAACAUCCUUGAAAAAUAUAUGUGUAGCUCUAACAACACUAGCCCACAAAUCUUAACAUAAUGCACACCUGCUAAAGAGCAUUUCUGCAACUUCUAACAAACUGUAUUUGGAUUACAGGGACAAACGAUAAAACCUGAAUAUUAUACCAUGACCCCCCCUUAAUAUUCCAAAACGUGCACACUGAUUGGUCA